AUGCCUUUCGACACGGCCCUUACCCGGAAACUAGGGAUUGCAGUGCCCGUCGUCCAGGGUGGAAUGCAAUGGGUAGGAUACGCCGAGCUCGCAGCAGCAGUCAGUAACGCCGGCGGCCUGGGAAUUCUAACAGCCCUCACCCAACCAACCCCCGAGGACCUCCGCAAAGAAAUCCGCAAAACCCGUACCCUUACAAACAAGCCCUUCGGCGUGAACAUAACCCUCCUUCCCGCCCUUGUUCCUCCCGACUACGCCGCGUACGCACGCGUGGUGAUUGAAGAAGGCGUCAAAAUCGUCGAAACAGCCGGUAACAGUCCGGGUCCUGUAAUCGCGCAACUGAAAAAAGCCGGAACAAUCAUUCUACACAAAUGUACUACGAUCAGACACGCAAAGGCCGCCGAGAAGCUUGGAGUCGACUUUUUGUCGAUUGAUGGGUUUGAAUGCGCGGGUCACGUGGGCGAGCAUGAUAUUACAAAUUUCAUUUUGUUGAGUCGCGCACGGCAAGAGCUCAAGGUCCCUUUCAUUGCAUCCGGCGGCUUUGCCGAUGGUCAGGGUCUGGCCGCCGCCCUGUCCCUAGGCGCCGAAGGUAUAAACAUGGGCACGCGAUUCAUGUGCACCGUCGAAGCACCCAUCCACCACAACAUCAAAGAAGCAAUCGUCAAAGCGCAAGAAACCGAUACCGCGCUCGUGCUGCGUCGAUGGAAAAAUACGACGAGACUGUUCAAAAACAAAGUUUCCUUGGAGGCCAUCAAGGUCGAGAAGGAGUCUCCAACAGGAGAAUUCGCGGAGGUUGCGCCGUUUGUGAGUGGGCAGAGGGGUAGGCAGGUUUUUAUUAAUGGUGAUCCGGACUUUGGUGUGUGGACCGCGGGACAAGUCAUCGGUCUCAUCCAUGACAUUCCGACGUGUCAGGUAUUGCUUGCACGUAUUGAGAAGGAGGCUGCUGAGUCCUUGAAGCGGACUCAAGUUUUCUAUAGCGGGGAGCCUUUGCAGAGCAAGUUGUAG